AAAAUACUAUUCCAACGACUAGUUGAACUAUACUACAAAGAAUAGGCAAAACCCACGAAGCUGGCUUCACCAGCUGUACAAAUACACAUUCACUAUAUAAACCAUCAAGUCCUUGUUAUCAUAUUCAUAUUCAGUCUUUCUUCUCAUAGCUUCCGUCUUGCAUAUCAGCUUUAAUUUUGUACAAAUUUCUGCAAACUCGAAAUGUGUGGAGGUGCAAUACUCCGUGAUCUCAUUCCUCGGAACAUCAGCCGCCGUGUCUCCUCCGCGGACAUCUGGCCCUCCUCUUCUUCCACCACUAAACUCGAUGAUUUCGACUCCGACUUCAAUGACUUCUGUCAAGAGCAGCCACACUACACUCUCAAAAGAUCUCAUCAUCCCUACACAGGUGAAGAGCACCACGAAAACACCGUAAAAAAACAGCGAAAAAAUCUCUACAGGGGAAUAAGGCAGCGUCCCUGGGGCAAAUGGGCAGCUGAGAUCCGAGACCCGAGAAAAGGAGUCCGAGUCUGGCUGGGUACAUAUAACACAGCUGAAGAAGCCGCAAGAGCCUACGACAGAGAAGCUCGCAAAAUUCGAGGAAAGAAAGCCAAAGUGAACUUCCCGAAUGAAGACACCAAUGACCAUGAAGUUCAUUUCUCUGAUUCUAACAAAAAAUUCACACCGGAACUAAAACAAGAGGUGAAAGAAGAGGAGAGUGUGGAGAGUAAUCACAAGGAAGAAUUAGAUGAAGUGAAGAAGCUUUCUGAGGAGCUCAUGGCUUAUGAGGUGUACAUGAAAUUUUAUGAUAUUCCGUAUCUUGAUGGAACUGUGGAAGCUCAAGUGAAUGAGGUACAAGAAGUGGUGGUUGAUUGUGAGUUGAUGAAUCUCUGGAGCUUUGACGAUGUCGUUUGAGGUUUGGACAUGGUGGUUUUGUUGUUGUCUGCACUGGUUUCAUAACUGGAAACAGGAUUCUUGUUUCAAUGUUGUUUAUAAUUUCGUUUUGAUUAAUUUUAUUUAUUCUAUUCAGUAAUUGUAUAUACGCAAUUUUUGAAAUAAAUUAUGGAGUUUGUUUUUCA